AAUAUGGUGCUGGAAAUGGAAAUGUCGAAGACCUAUCAAUACCGCAAGGUUAUGAAACCAAUGCUGGAGCGCAAACGUCGUGCGCGCAUCAACAAGUGCCUGGAUGAGCUGAAAGACAUCAUGGUGGAGUGUCUGACCCAGGAGGGUGAGCAUAUUACGCGCCUGGAGAAGGCCGACAUACUCGAGCUGACCGUGGAGCACAUGAAGAAGUUGCGCGCCCAAAAGCAGCUGCGUCUUGGCAGCAGCUCGAAUGCCAGCGUUGCCGGCGAUUCCAAGCUGAGCAUUGCGGAGAGCUUUCGGGCCGGCUAUGUGCAUGCUGCUAAUGAGGUGUCCAAAACUCUGGCUGCGGUGCCCGGCGUCAGCGUUGAUCUGGGCACGCAGCUAAUGAGUCAUCUGGGCCAUCGACUCAACUACUUGCAAGUGGUGGUGCCCACGCUGCCCAUUGGCGUCACCGUGCCGCUCCAGGCAAAUGAUGAGCUGAGCAGCAAUAGUAGCAGCAGCAGCAGUAGCAGUCCAUCUCCCGAUCUCGUUACACCGCCGCCCUCGGAAUGCGACAGUGCCAGCGGCAGCUGCAGCCCAGCGCCCAGUGAGGCCAGCACCAGCUCCAACAGCUCUGGACCCAUGUGGCGUCCCUGGUGAACGGAUUGCAGGCGGCAGCCUUGAAGCACAAGGCGUUGACAACUUACUCACUUGCACUCAAUUGGACAGCUGUUCGCACAGGCGCGCUGGAUUGGAAACCGUGCGCCGACAGCUUCACUGCAAAGAUCUUUGAGCCACUCAGCUAGAGCCGACAGCAUGGCUAAAGAGUGUCGCUACAUUUUCAUGUGCACCCAGUGCAAUUCAAAUCAGAAUAAAUAAAAUAUAUUCAUA